AUAAAUUUGAUGCCUUGAUUCCAUUUAACCAUAUAUUGCCAAGUGUCCCCUCUACCUGGCAUCACCCCACCCCCAUACAAACACCCCACCCCCACGCCUACCCCACCCACCCCCACCAAUCAUCUCAGCCAUGGCACCUUCAUCUUCUCUCAUAUUCCUCUAAUUAAAUUUCACACACAAAGCCUUUUUUUUUUUAAUUUGACACAACUUUUUAUGGUGACAAAUAACUAGUUUUCUUUUUUUAUUUGUUAAUUUUUUUUUAUUUUUUUUUGGAAUUUGGGUAUUUAGAGAUUUUAAAGAUUUGAUUUUUAGAGGUUUUUUUUUAGGAGAUUUAAUACAAGAAAGCUUGAAUCUUGGUGUUUUUUUUUUUUUUUUUGGUUUUCAAGAAUUGGGAAAUUCUUGGAAAGGUGGAGGCUUUGGUUGAAAUCAGAAUUCAAGAAGGGCAUUUUGUUUAUAAGGGCAUUGAUGAUUCUUGGUGGAUACCGUUGUCAACGUUCUUGAAUGUUCAAGUUGCUGAAUUUGGAGUUGGAAAGGAUUUGGGAGUUUUGAGGUGUUAUUUUUGGAGUAUUAUGAGCUGUGAUACUAACGCAAAACGUUCAGAUUCUGACUGCUAGGUGAGAGAGUAGCAAGAUUUGCAACACUCUAUGGAUAGCCCGACAAUGACCAACCCUGGCUCGGUUUCUAGUUCUAACGAUGACACUCCACGUGUUAAGUUCUUGUGUAGUUUCUCAGGAAGUAUAUUGCCCAGGCCACAGGACGGCAAGCUUCGGCAUGUGGGUGGUGAGACAAGGAUAGUGUGUGUUCCGCGUGAUAUUUCUUAUGAGGAACUCAUGGCCAAAAUGAGGGAGAUAUUUGAGGGCGCAACAGUAUUGAAGUAUCAGCAGCCUGAUGAGGAUCUUGAUGCUCUUGUCUCAGUAGUGAAUGACGAUGAUGUGGUAAAUAUGAUGGAGGAAUAUGAUAAGUUGGGUUCUGGUGAUGGAUUUACUAGGCUUAGGAUCUUCCUGUUUUCGCAUGCUGAUCAAGAUGGAUCCUUGCUUUUUGUUGAUGGGGAUGAGAGGGAUAAUGAGAGAAGGUACGUGGAUGCUUUGAAUAGCCUUAAUGAAUCCCCAGAAUACAGAACGGGACAGCAUAAUGAAUUUCAGGUUACGGGUCCAUUAGAUGAUCUCCACGUUGCAGAACAGUGCUUUAGUCAGAUGACGCUUGAUGGUAGUCUCCAUAGUUUGAGGAGUAACGAAGUGCCUAUACCUCAGAUGAACUUGCGUCACCUUACAAUACCGCAUUUGGGUAUAGCUCAGCCCCAUCAAUCAGUUAAUCAGAGGUAUAAUGAAAUGGAGGCCCCAUGGAGUCCAGCAUACUAUUCUCCUAGACAGCCAGGACACCUCGAUCCACGUCCAUUGUCAGAGUUUCCAAAUUCUCCUUCUUCGUCACGGUACUAUUCACCAUACCCUGAGUUCCAAGAGAGAAAUUUUGAUAGAAUGCAUGAAGAGUACGGUCGUCUUCCGGUUAAUCAUCCAACUGUAUAUGAUCACCAGCCUCAAUAUACAGAUAACAUACUACUAUUACCGAAUACACCUAUAUUAGACAAGGCUGGCUUCCCAGGAAACAUCCUUCAGGGCGCUAAUGCAUUUGAGGGAAACAGUAUAUGUGAGCAUUGCCGAAUGACUUUCCAGCGCAAUCAGCCUCAUCCUGAUUCCUCUUGGAAGCCUGGAGAACAUUCCCUAUUUGAUUUGGGAAAUGGAUUCCACCAGGCUGCAAACCCUUGUGCGGAGUGCCCACCGAGAAGAGAGAUAUUCCCAGUGCCUGCAGAUGCCAGUUUGCACCACUCAUAUUACCCUGUGGAACAAAAUGAUCCACGCUGCCGUCAGAGUGAGACUCAUAGUCAUGAAAGAGGAUGGAGCUUGCAGCAUCAAACAAAUACUCGAGUUGAGGAGCCUCAAAUCCUUGCGUCUGGAGCUGGCAGCAAUUUGAUUGAUGGCCAUCAGGUCCUGGGACAAGGUCUUAAUUAUGAUGACCUUCGCCGCAUUCGAACUGGACGGGAUCUUGGUAGUCAAGUAUAUCAUGAUCAGGUGGUAGGCACGGGAUCUCAGAUUCAUCUUCCCUCUAUGGAAGAUCGUGCAGUUCGCUACGGAAAUCCAUCUUAUGCUUAUGGACCAGAUACAUCAUACCAGGUUCCUCAAGCAAAUAUGCCUGCUCAUCCUUUGUGGAGGAAUGUUCAAAGCCCAAGUCAUGGAGGUCUUUCUUACGAGGUUGCUAAUCAACCACAGCUGGUCAAUGGUUCUGCUGGUCCUGGGUUUGUCAGGGGUAUAGUGGAAAAUAGUCCUAGGUUGCAAUCUGGGAUGGAGAACCAAAAUUCUUGGCUUGAUUCUUCACAGAAAAAGAUGGGCUUUGAUGGUUUUUCCAUGACCGAAUAUUCUCUUGCGCCAUCCCAGAACUCGAUCUCAAAUGCUCACAACCAGGGAAAUCAGUCCAUGCACACUGCAGAAGCUAUUCAGGCCCCAGGUGGCAUGCAGACUUUUGCAACUCUGGAGGAUCCGGUGUUGAAAUCUGAUUCAGGACCGUUCUUUGGUGACAGGCCAGCUUCAUUGGGUAGGUCUGGAACAAGAUCAACUGCUGAUAGAUGCGAGAAGGAGAGUCCUUUUCACCAGGAAGGGGAACAGCUAUGUUCUUCAGGCUUGGUGGAAGGCUCUAAUAUAGGCAACGGCAGUCCGACCGAAGCAUUAGUGGACAACGUUCGACUCAACCUUGUACCUCCUGUGUCCAUUUCCCUGGAAAAUGCUGUAAAAGAAGGUGUUCCUGCAGAGACUGAGACUAUUGAUGUUUGUGUAACUCAUAAGAAUGAGAAGCCGCAAAAGGAUCAACUGACAUCCUUAUCUAAUGAGAUUCCUCCUGCAGAAAAGGUAGCAUUACAAAGUGUUAAGGAUGUAAAAGUUGAUGUCCAAGAAAACACUGAUUCUGCUCAUGAGCAUGACUCUAUUAAAGUGGCGAACGAGAAUGAUGCAGAGUUAGCUGAUGGCCAAGGGGGCGUGGAAUUUGAUUCAGACAAUGACAAUGUUAAUAAUUCCAAGAUUGAGCCAACAAAGGCCGAGGAAGAAGCUAUCGAGAAGGGAUUGCAGACAAUAAAGAAUGAAGAUCUCGAGGAGAUUCGGGAGUUGGGUUCUGGAACAUAUGGAUCAGUUUUUCAUGGAAAGUGGAAGGGGUCAGAUGUUGCUAUAAAGAGAAUCAAAGCCAGCUGCUUUGCUGGUAGGCCAUCUGAUAGGGAACGUCUGAUUGCAGAUUUCUGGAGGGAAGCUCUAACAUUGAGUUCACUGCACCAUCCAAAUGUUGUUUCUUUUUACGGUGUAGUUCGUGAUGGCCCAGAUGGAUCUUUAGCAACUGUUACAGAAUUCAUGGUCAAUGGAUCAUUGAAACAGUUUUUACAGAAAAAGGACAGGACUAUUGAUCGUCGUAAAAGGCUUAUUAUUGCCAUGGAUACUGCUUUUGGUAUGGAGUAUCUACAUGGGAAAAACAUUGUUCACUUUGAUCUAAAAUGUGAAAAUCUGUUGGUAAAUAUGCGGGAUCCACAUCGACCCGUCUGCAAGAUUGGUGAUCUUGGUUUAUCAAAGGUGAAACAACACACCUUAGUCUCAGGAGGUGUUCGUGGCACUUUACCCUGGAUGGCACCAGAGCUCCUAAGUGGAAAAACUAAGGUGACGGAGAAGAUUGAUGUAUAUUCUUUUGGAAUUGUUAUGUGGGAGUUGCUCACCGGUGAUGAACCAUAUUCAGAUAUGCAUUGUGCUUCAAUAAUAGGAGGAAUUGUUAACAAUACGCUGCGUCCUCAAAUUCCAACAUGGUGUGAUCCCGAAUGGAAAGCGCUGAUGGAGAGUUGUUGGGGCCCUGAUCCUGCAGAUAGACCAACAUUCUCCGAAAUCUCUCAGAGACUGAGAACUAUGGCAGCGGCAAUGAAUGUCAAAUGAUGCUGUUUCAGGAGUUAACCAUACUCGCUCCUCCCAAGACAGCCGUUUACAUGUUGACCGAUAAUGAUGAAAAAUAAAUGGUAGCCCAUGUUUCACUUCCAAGUUAUAUCAUUCCCCUCCCAAGAUGCAUGCGUGGCGCCAACUAUAAUAAACAUUCUUAUAUAUAUGUUUUCUCGUCCAUCGACUUCAUAUGCCUAUUAAUAUUAUGAAGUCAUUGUAACUGGACGUUACUGUGAUCUUGAAGCCGAAUUUUAUGCAUCUUCGUCAACCAGGAAGUCAUCAGGUUUGGCAGGCGUUUCGACUUUCUGAAGGUCGGUAUAUGUUCACGCUAUGCUGCUGCUGCUAUUGCAGUUCGUUCAGGUGCCGAUUUUCGUGUUACAGAUAUCUGUUGGAACUGGUAAAAAGCCAGUGUAAAUAGAUCAAUGACAAAUAUCUGUAUGACAUUAACAUCUGGUAAAUUAACCACUUUCCAGUGAAGGAAGCACAAAAUUUAGUUGUAUUACACAAAUUUUCAUAUACUUUCCAUCAGUAAAAUUAACAUGAUAUAGUAACAUGUUAUAUGUUAUGGUUAUAUAAUUAUAUUUUAC